CCAUGGAGCGGAGAUUAUAUAUAUAGAGGAAGGGAAAGCCGUGCCGCAAGUAGACAAAUCGUUCUGUGUGAUUUGGUAAAGAUACUGUAAUAUUAAUGAUCUGCUGAAGUUUCAUAGAUUGGAUUAAAAAAAAACAACCCACGAUGUGCAAUCAACUGUUUUAGUAACGAAAGGAAUAGACCCCUAUCUUAUCCUAUUAUACGCAAAGCUUAGUUCUUAUUGAUGCAGAUGUUAACUGAUCAAGACCCGCGUUAGCGAUGGAGUAUAUAAUAUACAAUUAAUUCAUUGUUUUGAUACUACAUGUAUAAGCUGUUUAUAACUUUAAGCUAUAAAGCCAUUAGGAAGAUUCUUUUUUUUUUAAACGGUUCGGAGUAAUUUUAAGGAAUCCCUGAAGCGUCACUACAUGCUAUCAAAGACUAUGUUGAAUUCGCUUCAAUUCUUGGUUCUGCCGCUUGUUCGCGAAUGCCAACAGAGGCUAGCGUCAUUCACAUUUAACUUCACAGACGAUGUUUUCUGCAAUGGAACUGCCGAUGAUUUCGGGGGCUGUUUUAAUUUUACAAAGGCAGGACGAGUCGAGAAGAUACAGUGUCCAUUUUUCUUCAACAAGAAAGGGUUCGUGUAUAAAGUCUGUUCGCGGGAGGGCAAAUGGCUGAAAUCCGACUACCACGAAUGCCGGCAACAAAAUUAUGAAGAAGUGACGGCUAUGUAUCCGGUCUAUGUAUUCAUCGGGGGCUAUCUGGUGUCCAUAGUUCUCCUGGCUAUUUCACUCUUCAUUUUCCUGUACUUUCCACAACUUCAGUGCGGCAGAGUGACUGUUCACAAGAAUCUCUUCCUCUCUUACAUCUUGACGGGAAUCUCAUGGAUUUCAUACUUUGUUCUCGUGACUUUUAAUGGCGAAGUCCUGCUCAGAAAUCCGUCGUGGUGUCAGAUCCUCCACGUGUUCACCUAUUUCUUCAUGCUAUGUAACUACUUCUGGAUGUUCUGUGAGGGCCUCUAUCUACACACAAUCCUCCUGAGGGUCUUUAGCACCGGAAGGAAGCUCAUUGCUGCUUGUCAUGUGACCGGAUGGGGUUUUCCACUAAUUCCAACUGCAGUUUACGCUUUUGUGCGUAGUUCCGAUUCAUCGAAGAAUACAAAAUGUUGGAAUCCCUACGCAGAGUAUUUGUGGAUAAUAUACGGUCCCAUCAUCGGCUCCCUGUUGUUGAACGUCAUUUUCCUCAUCAACAUCGUUCGACUUUUGAUGACAAAAUUGAAGAGAGUUCCAGAGGCAGCUCAAACUAAGAAAGCAGCGAAGGCCACACUAGUAUUGAUCCCGCUCCUGGGACUUCAUAAUCUUCUGUUACCUGUACGACCUGAAGACGAUUCCCCUAUGGCGGAGGUGUACACCUUCCUCAUCGCCAUAUCCCUGUCCCUCCAGGGAUCUUUUGUUGCCAUCAUUUACUGCUUUUGCAAUGGAGAGGUCACAACAAUACUGAAAAGGAAAUGGAAACAACACUUACUUAUGAGGGGGACCUGCAUCAAAAUUGGCAACUCUCACAUCACCACUUAUUCCGUUACAGAGAAUGGGCAAAUGGAAGUCGUUUCGGAGGAAAUCAAUGAGGUCAGAAAAUGUCAUCCUGCUCAAAUUUAAAGGAUAUAUAAUAAUGAUUACCUAUAGGUAUAUUCAAGGCCACUAUCUUGUUUUCUCUUUCAUUAUGUCUAAUUCAUUGGCAAAUGAAUUAUGAAAUAAUGUACAUUUAAUAAAAUAUCAUAUGAUUAAAUAAUGUAAUUUUUGAGAUUUUGAAUUGAUGAGUUGGAGGGAGCGACAUAUAUGGAUAAAUAAAAAUUAAUUUGUCACGUUA